GCAGCACUGGCGAAGACGAAGGCAAAAAUAAAAGAAAAAGCAUAUGAAACGAGGGAGCAUAGGGAGUGAGUGUUACUUUUUGCAAAAAAGAGCAAAUCAAAGAAGAACAAAAACCCAAAUAAAGAAAAGUUCAAUUUAGUAAGCUGAAACGAUGCAAAACACAAGUUGAUAACAAACAACAGCCAAGCAACAACAAGAACAACAAUGACAACGCUUGCAACGAAAAGAAAACGGAAAAACCAUCGUGUAUCCAAGAGUGACUUUGCUACUACUGCAACAACUGCAUCCACGAAGACACUACUAACCAAAUAGUAGUAGCAACAGCAAAAGCAACAGCAACAAGAGGAGCAACAGCAAGAAGAAGAAGCAGCAGCAGCAGCAAAUAGAGAAUUCGAUAUCGAUGUGAAUAAUCUCAGCUGAAAAGUCGGUGUGCAAGUGCAUGAAAUAUCUGCAAAAUAUAUACAGAUUGCAUUAAUAUACACAUAUAUAUAGCUGAAACAAGCAACGCCUUUCGUUGUUUUUUUUUUUUUUUGGUUUGUUGUUUUUCUUUUGUUGUUAUUUCGUUACUCUCGCUGUGCCAACAAAAUUCAUGAGAUUUCGACUUCACUUUCCCCUGAAGGCGACAACGAAUUUAACACACACCGAAUUUCAACUUUAGUUGGCGGAGCUUUAAGCUCCCCCUCCACCCCCGCCCUUCCUCGUCGCUCCCGUGUUUACCAAACCAAGGAAACCAAAACCAACGAUAACUCACACAUAUAUAUAUAUAUGUAUAUUUAUAUAUAUGAACAACAACAAAUCAACGAUAACGAUAACGAGGAUCCUUUUUUAGACGAUUGUUGAGCGAAUAUGCAGUAUAGGCCAUUAUGGGUUCACAGACCUUGGAGAUACUGCGCCAAGGCGUGUGGGCCUCACUGACCGGCGGCUAUUUUUAUGAUCCACAUCAGGGUGUAUUUUGCAAUGUGGUGCAUUUGUAUCUAUGGCUCUACUUGCUAUGUUCGCCCUUUGUUGCCUAUCUGUACUUUCCCAGCACCUGGUUGACAUGGUGUCUCUACUGUGUGCUGACCAGCAGCACCAUUUUAGGGGUGAAACUGAUCAAUCUGGCGCUGCAUCGUCUAUACGAUCGUGCCCAGACCAUGUCCGAGGUGAAUCUCAAAAGUCAGUUCUUCAAGGUGACCAAAGAAACGGAAGCACGCUCCGAUCGUGACCGGGAUCGUGAACGGGAACGGGAUGAGGAGCAUGGCAUUGAGAUGAAGGUAAUGCGUGCCGCCGGCGUUCAUGGCGGUUCACGUUUAUCCGUGGAGCAGGCCAUCAAUGAGGCCAGCGAGGAGAAUAGCAUCAUGUCCAUAGACAAUGUGAAUAGCAUCAUUGAUCUCAAGGUGGAUGUGCAUCGCAAGAAUAGCUCCGAGUCAAUUGAAUUAAUGUUCUAUGCUCCAUCGAUGCUCUCCACGGGCAGCCAACAGGAUCAGCAAUCGUUGGCCGGCUCUGCCAGCGUCUCCAAAUCCAUACGCUCCAAAAUUGCUGUGGCGGCACAAACCAAUGAAUUGUUUAGCAAAUAUCUGGCUGUUUAUCCGGAGGUGAUGGAGGCGGGAGCGGGAACGGCAGCGGCAGCGGCAAAUCGAGCGGGAAGUGCAGCUGGAGCAGGAUUAGGAACGGGAGCUGCAGCUGGCGGCAGCAGUGCUGGCAGUGCGGAUGGCAACAGUGACAACAACAGUCGCAAUCAGAGCACAAUAACAACAACAGCAACAACAACAACACGCACUGGACAUCUGUCCCGCAAAUGCUCCGAGGUCUUUAGUCGCCGUCAUCGACGUCGGCUGGAGCGGCAGAGCAGCUUGGAUGCGGGCGGUGGUCACAUGGAGCCCACACUGAGUGCCAAACUGAUGCGCAAUCAAUCGGAUACGAUAGCCACCACAACAACAGCAGCAGCAGCAACAACAGCCGGAGGCGGAGGAGCAGAAAGCAGUUAG